AUGUCUGACGACGAAGGAGGAUAUGAAGCUGGGGAUGGCGGCGGCACCCCACCCUACGCUUACGAUGACGAGCCCGACUACGAUCCAGAUGAGCCAAUGGAUCCAGUGGAGCCUGAAGAAGGGAACAAUGACCUUGAUGACCCCGCUGGCGUAGCUCAAGAUGUAGUAGAGGUGGUUGAGUCGGGAGACCCAUCAGCUGCAGCAAAUAGAAUCAAAGGCGGAAAGGCACCAAAAGACAAGAAAAUCCCUUCUGAUCAACGGACCACUACACCAUACAUGACCAAGUAUGAAAGGGCGAGAAUCCUGGGCACAAGAGCGCUGCAGAUUAGCAUGAACGCGCCAGUCCUAGUUGAUCUUGAAGGAGAGACGGAUCCGCUCCAAAUCGCGAUCAAAGAACUGAGGGAAAAGAAGAUACCCCUUAUUGUCAGGCGGUACCUGCCUGAUGGCUACUAUGAGGAUUGGACUUGCGAAGAGCUGUUGCAGUAA